AUGUGUCACCUAUUAAGAAGUCUGAAACUAAAAAAUACUUCAAAUAUAUUAUACAGACAGAAUCAGAUGAGUGAAAUGGGGUCUGCUUUGCCAUAGAUAAAAGGGAAAUGCUUGAUUCCUUGGCACAGUAACAGUAACCAGUGAAGAUACACAAGUACUCACUCAGCAACAAGUUUGGUAG